UUUGUCGUCAGAGCAGCCCCAGCCUCCCUCCUGCACACUUCUCCUCUGCUCUGCACCAGAAACGAGCACUCUCAUCUUUCCUUCUUUUUUUUCCUACCCUCGCUCUCUCUGUUCUGAUAGUGCGUGAGCUCAGAAUGAGGUUAGCAGCACCAACAGCACCAGCAGCAGAUAGAGACAGCAGAGGCACACUUACUGCAGCAGCCAGGGGAGGCUGUCCUUCAGCCGUGCACUUUCUACCGCUGCAUUCACUCCUGCCCUAAGAAGGCAACACUCAUUCCUGUGCUCUCUCUCAGCCGGCUCCUUUCCUCCUCUCCAAAUUCAUCUUCUGAAUUUGUCUCCCCAUCUCUCUCUCUCUCUCUCUUUCUGUGUAGCGGUGAUGGAGAAGACCACCAUGUAGAGACGGAGAAGCAGAGGAGGCAAGAGCAGAAUUGCAGCAAUGGGAAGCCACACAUGGAGUGGGUCUGGACGGCAGCCGUGGUGAGCCUGAGACCAACAGGACUUGAAACCACCAUUAUUACCCUUCUCAGGACUUAACCACUGGGGCUGUCCAACGCUUACCUGGAUGCUCCCCACUUGUGAUUUAUCAUUCCCUCUUCUCUCCCUGCUCCAUCUUUCUUUUUUCUCGUCUUUUUGACUUAGCCUUUUUUUUCUUGUUUUUUUUUUCAUCGCUGAAAUUUUUUGCUAUUGAAACAAAAGCAACUCAUCACUUUGUUCCCUUAGGAUUUUUUUGCCCAUUUUUUUUUCUUUGUCUGCCUACUUCAACCCUUUAGGGUGUUUUCUUCCCUUCCUUUUUUUUUUGAUAAUUACUGGCUUUUUAAAAUCCUGUUUUGGAGAUUUUUUUGGAUGGGACUUAGCUCUGCUGUGCAAUCUUUUUAUUCUACAAGCAAUAACAAAUAUCAGUCUGACUGACUCAACUAGUUUGAAAUCAUGGGGGACAUGUCCAAUAGCGAUUUUUAUGCCAAGAACCAAAGAAACGAGGGCAACCAUGCAGCAGACUUUGGCUGCUCGGUCAUGGAUCUGCGCUCGUUGAUGGAACUGCGUGGCACAGAGGGGGUGGUCAAGCUCCAAGAAGAUUAUGGGGGAGUAGAAGGACUGUGCAAACGACUCAAAACCUCACCCACUGAAGGUCUUCUAGGUGUCCAAGCUGAUCUGGACAAGAGAAAAGAAAUAUUUGGUAAAAACCUCAUACCUCCCAAAAAGCCAAAAACCUUCCUCCAACUGGUAUGGGAAGCCCUGCAGGAUGUCACUCUUAUCAUUUUGGAGCUUGCUGCCCUAAUCUCCCUGGGCCUUUCCUUCUAUCACCCCCCUGGGGAGAGCGGCGGAGAAAUGUGUGGAUCAGCUGCAGGAGGAGUGGAGGAUGAAGGAGAAGCAGAUGCUGGAUGGAUUGAGGGUGCCGCCAUUCUGUUAUCCGUUGUGUGUGUGGUCAUCGUAACAGCCUUCAAUGACUGGUCUAAAGAGAAACAGUUCCGGGGACUACAGAGCCGCAUUGAGCAGGAGCAGAAAUUCCAGGUUGUCCGUGGCAGCCAGGUCAUACAGUUGCCCGUAGCUGACAUAUUGGUGGGGGACAUUGCACAAAUCAAAUACGGUGAUCUUCUUCCAGCUGAUGGAGUGUUGAUCCAGGGUAAUGACCUGAAGAUUGAUGAGUCAUCACUGACCGGAGAGUCUGAUCACGUCAAAAAAGCUGCAGACAAAGACCCCAUGCUGUUGUCUGGAACCCAUGUGAUGGAGGGCUCGGGUCGCAUGGUGGUGACUGCUGUUGGUGUCAACUCUCAGACUGGAAUCAUCUUCACCUUACUGGGAGCUGGUGUGGAAGAAGAGGAGAAGAAAGAGAAGAAAGGAGGGGCAGUGGAAGACGGACACCAGAACACAGACUGCUCCCAUCCCCCUAUCCAUCCCAUUGCAACUAUAACCACGGAUGGGGCUGCGGGCAUUAAUGCCACAGGCAGUGCCAACUUAAUUAAUGGUAAAAUGCAAGAUGGCAAUAUGGAGAGCAACCAGAUUAAAGUGAAGAAGCAGGAUGGAGCAGCUGCCAUGGAAAUGCAGCCUCUGAAGAGUGCUGAAGGUGGAGAGGCCGAUGAGAAGGAGAAAAAGAAAGUAUCAGCUCCAAAGAAAGAGAAGUCUGUGCUGCAAGGGAAGCUGACCAAGCUGGCUGUCCAGAUUGGCUAUGCAGGAUUGGUCAUGUCUUCUAUUACUGUCACCAUCUUGGUCCUGUAUUUUUCCAUUGACAACUUUGUGAUGAAGAAGCGCCCAUGGAUGGCAGAGUGCACUCCUAUCUACGUUCAGUAUUUUGUCAAAUUCUUCAUUAUUGGUGUGACUGUGCUGGUGGUGGCAGUGCCAGAGGGGCUGCCUCUGGCUGUCACUAUCUCCCUGGCAUAUUCAGUCAAGAAAAUGAUGAAAGACAAUAACCUUGUGCGUCACCUGGAUGCAUGUGAAACGAUGGGCAACGCCACAGCCAUCUGCUCUGACAAGACAGGCACACUGACCACCAACCGUAUGACAGCUGUGCAGUGUUACAUUGGAGAUGUGCACUACAAAAAAAUCCCAGACCCAGGAGUGUUGCCACCCAAAUCACUGGAUUUAUUGAUCAAUGCCAUUGCAAUCAACAGCGCCUACACAACAAAGAUUCUGCCUCCAGAUAAGGAAGGUGGUCUGCCAAAGCAAGUGGGCAACAAGACAGAGUGUGGUCUGCUAGGUUUGAUCUUGGAAUUGAAACGUGAUUACCAGCCAAUUAGAAACCAGAUCCCAGAAGAAAAGCUUUAUAAAGUCUACACCUUCAACUCAGUUCGGAAGUCUAUGAGUACUGUCAUCAAACUUCCUGAUGGGAGCUUCCGCAUGUACAGCAAAGGAGCCUCUGAAAUUGUACUUAAAAAAUGCAGCCACAUCCUCAACGAAGUGGGUGAGCUGAGGGUUUUCCGUCCAAGAGACAAAGAUGAAAUGGUGAAGAAGGUGAUCGAACCCAUGGCAUGUGAAGGCCUCAGAACCAUCUGUGUGGCCUACCGUGACUUUUCUAAUGAUCCUGAGCCCAACUGGGAUGAUGAAAACAACAUUCUCAAUGAUCUCACCGCUAUUUGUGUUGUGGGAAUUGAGGACCCUGUCAGACCAGAGGUGCCUGAUGCUAUUCAAAAGUGCCAGCGAGCAGGGAUCACAGUGCGAAUGGUGACAGGAGACAACAUAAACACAGCCAGGGCCAUAGCUAUCAAGUGUGGCAUCAUCCAUCCAGGAGAAGACUUCCUCUGCAUCGAUGGCAAGGAGUUCAACAGGAGGAUCCGUAAUGAGAAAGGAGAGGUAGAACAAGAACGCAUUGACAAAGUAUGGCCCAAACUCAGAGUUCUGGCCAGAUCCUCCCCAACUGAUAAGCAUACACUUGUGAAAGGCAUUAUUGACAGCACUAUGGCAGACCAGAGGCAAGUGGUUGCAGUAACAGGCGAUGGGACAAAUGACGGACCUGCUCUCAAAAAAGCAGAUGUUGGGUUUGCUAUGGGUAUAGCUGGUACAGAUGUGGCCAAGGAGGCAUCAGACAUUAUCCUCACUGAUGACAACUUCAGCAGCAUCGUGAAGGCUGUUAUGUGGGGAAGAAAUGUCUACGACAGCAUUUCCAAAUUUCUUCAAUUCCAGCUCACUGUCAAUGUUGUGGCUGUCAUAGUAGCUUUCACUGGAGCCUGCAUUACACAGGAUUCCCCGUUGAAAGCAGUGCAGAUGUUGUGGGUAAAUUUGAUAAUGGAUACGUUUGCCUCUCUGGCCCUGGCAACAGAGCCUCCCAACGAGUCCCUGCUGAAGAGAAAGCCGUAUGGUCGCAACAAGCCUCUUAUCUCCAGCACUAUGACAAAAAACAUAUUAGGACAUGCAGUUUAUCAGCUCGUUAUUAUCUUCACGCUUCUAUUUGUUGGUGAGCAGAUUUUCGACAUCGACAGCGGGCGCGAUGCCCCUCUUCACUCUCCUCCUUCAGAACACUAUACCCUUAUAUUCAACACUUUUGUCAUGAUGCAGCUAUUUAAUGAGAUCAAUGCCCGCAAAAUACAUGGAGAGAGGAAUGUCUUUGAUGGAAUCUUUAGGAACCCCAUCUUCUGCUCCAUUGUUUUUGGCACAUUUGUAGUACAGAUUGUGAUUGUGCAAUUUGGAGGGAAGCCAUUCAGCUGUCAACCCCUGAACUUGGAGAAAUGGAUGUGGUGUGUUUUCCUUGGGCUUGGAGAACUUGUCUGGGGACAGGUGAUAGCUACCAUACCCAACCUCAAGCUGCGCUUCCUGCGGAGGGCAGGACAAUUGACCCAUAAGGAUGAGUUACCAGAAGAGGAUGUGAACGAAGAAAAUGAGGAAAUUGACCAUGCAGAGCGAGAGCUGAGGAGAGGACAAAUUUUGUGGUUUAGAGGACUCAAUCGCAUUCAGACACAGAUUGAAGUAGUCAACACCUUCAAGAGUGGCACCUCCUUUCAGGGGGCAGGGGCUCUGAGACGUCAGUCAUCCACCACCAGCCAGACCCAGGAUGUAACCAAUGUUUCUAGUCCUAGUCACGUGUCCUUGUCCAAUGCCCUUUCCUCUCCUACAAGCACUACUGCUGCUACUGCUCCUCCCACUACUGGCCAGUGCUAGGAGCGCAGGACUAAGGGUGAAACCCACGGCGUGACAUUUCAGAUUCGAGUUGUGAAUGCAUUCCGUAGUUCCCUCUACGAAGGCCUGGAAAAACCAGACUCAAAAACAUCAAUUCACAAUUUUAUGUCGCAUCCUGAGUUUAGAAUUGAUGACUCCACGCCCAGUAUCCCCCUCAUUGAUGACACGGACGAUGAUUCUGCCCGCAGAAGGAGGAAGUACUCCAGCCAGCCCUCGUCUCCAAACAAGAACAACAACGCCAUCGACAGCGGCAUCAAUCUCACCAUCGACAUCAGUAAAUCUGCCGCUUCCUCCAGCCCCGCCAGUCCUCUGCACAGCUUGGAGACCAGCCUCUAACCCUGAUCCCAAACUUAGCUCUGACCUCUGAAGUAAUUCCCCCAUGGUACAAGAGGACCUCUUCAUGCUCCUGCAGACUUUAAAGUGUGACCAUACACUUUCUAAAAUCCCUGUUCCCUAAAAUACCCCACACCACCAACACAGGGCAGCUCCUGUGGAAAAUCAUCCAUCCUGUAACUUUGAGCCCAUAGAACUCCCCAUCAUUUUUAAAAUUGAAAAGUUCUUAAUGAUAUUACAGGAUUAAAAGAAUAACAUACAAUCAAAAAAGCUUAAAGCCACAGAAUCUACACAGCCAUCCUGCUUUUGUGGUUGUAUGUGUAUGGUGGCAGCCGUGAUGGUGUGUCUGACUAUUUUCUUGUACUGGUAAGCAUGUACUGUAUAGGCGUGUUGCUGCUUGCUACACGUAUGUUUGAACUGUGUCUGCAGUGGCACAGGAGAGGACGAAGGAGAGGACGGAGACCACUGAGAAGUAAAAACCACAAAACAGAACAGACUUUAAACGCUCCUUAAACUCCUUCUCUUCAAUAAUAUUGUUAAUACAGAUACAGUAAUAGUUUAAAUUAAAUUACAACUGUUAUUAUUCUUAUUCUGAUUAUUAUUGUUAUUAUUCUUAUGGCUCCUGCAUGAAUGUACAUUACCCAAGUUUUAUUUGAAAGGGUUUUGAUUUUAAUGGAGUUGUUUCAUUCUGAUUGGAUGGCCUGAUGGGCCUUGCUAUGGACUGCAAAUUUAAAGACAGCUUCAAGUUCCUGGCCUGCAAAACUUCUGCUGUACGGCUUGAACAAUGUACCGGACUGUAAAAAUUACUUUUCAUCCAUAAAGAGAGAGAUGUGUGUUGAGGUGGUAGGGGCUUUACUUGCACAGUAGUUUUGCACCUAUUGGAAAAGAGGAAGGCAACUCAAUAAUAGGGAUGAUAGCAUUUAUGGGAUAUAUUCUAUUCAUAAAAAAUAUUUAGAGAGAGUUUAUCUUUGUUGGCAUGUUGCCUUGUUCCUGCUUCAAUGGCUCAAAUUACUUUGACUUAUUUAUGUCUUAAAAAGAAUGUAAUUGUUUACAACCUCAUAGAGAUCCUGGUUUCUUAAAGGAGACAGGCGAAGUUGGGGCUCAGAGUUAUGUUGGUGUGUUAUUACUGAAAACCUAUGUUCUGGAAAUUGCCUGCUAUAUUGUCAGAUACUGUAGAUAUUUUUAGACGAUUAACAACAAAAAGAAACCAAAAUAUAUUGGGAUGCAUAUGUCAUGUCAAAUCUUAGUACUACUCUAUGAUUGUUGGCAUCAAGUAGGAGCGCCACUGCCUUUAGUUUUUUCUUAAUUGAGGCCUCCUUUUUGUGACAGAGGAGGAUAUUUAUUUAUUUUUUCAUUCCUCCCUUCUUUAGCUUUUCAAUAUAUUAUUUUUUUUUGCUUCAGCAAGAAGUUCAUUGCUAGUGUGAGCGACUCCUAUUAGGACCUUUUUAUUUAACUGUCCUCCUGGAAGCCCUGCCUGUUUAAAGGACUUGAUGUUUAAAACAUAUGUAACCAUAAAAAGGUAUCAGCUGAGUCAUAGUAGAAAUUUGAAAAGUUCUAUUUGGAUUACCACAAGGAAAUAAGACAAUUUUAUUUUAAAAUUAUUAAUAUAUUGUGUUAUUUGGUGUCUCUUUUUGUUGUUUUAUUUUAAAAGAGAGAUACUCGUAACCCCUCUAAAGGUGUUGGCAUUUCCAGCAUCAGGGAGGGAAAAAAAGGAGUAUGCGGGCAAAACAGGACAGACAAAUUACAACAAAAAUGGAAUGUUGCUUUGACUCUUUUGCUAUAUAUAUAUUUAAAAAAAAUCUGCACUAUCUGGAUAUGAAUGAAAACUUCUGUGGUGUAACUUUUAAUGUCCUUUUGUGUGUUUUAACCAAGCUUGUCUUCCUGCCGUCACAGAAUAUAACAGUACUCUAGCAUCUCAACUGUACUCAUUAGACGUAAUUUAAUGUGGUUUGACCAAUCGGACAUUAUGAGAGCAAAUUGACAUACAGAAUGCACAUUUACCCAUUUUAUUGCACUCAGAAUGAAAACUAGCCUCUACUAUUGUUAUUCCUACUAACAAAACUCAGCAUGAUGUAAUAUUCAUUAUGCACCUUGAACAAAGUAUUUUUUACACUCCAAGAAAAUUACUACACAAUAGAUUGUAUAUCCAAUAAUUUAUCAAAGGAGCUUAACUUUUUUUUUUUUUCUAUUUCGUCCUCCUCUGUCAUUACUUGGCCGAUCUAUAUCCAGAGAGGGUGCACAAGCUUUACAGUCAGCUCAGGCGUGGUGUUGAAAAAAAGCAACCCGUGUAACCACUGACCAUCUAUAUGAAAUUUAAAAUUUUAUUUAAGUUAAGUAUUUAAGCAAACAGUCAAUAUUCUUGUUCAAAGCUAUUGAUUUCUGUUGUUUUCUUUCCAGUGUUUUAACUUGACAGUUUUUUUAUGUAUGUUUGUCUGUAAAAAUUAAAAAUAAUGAAUAAAAGAAAAAAUAUAAUUCCAUUUUGCAAAUAAAACGUACAUGCAUGUAGAUACAUAGAAAAAAUUUAAAUAUACACACAUUGAGGGGAAACUAAUUCAUCUGCUGAUUUUGUAUGUUUUUGCACUGACAAAAUAUUUCUAUCAUUUUAAUGGUGUUUUUUUUUUCUAUUUACAGUGAGAAACGGUAUAAGACAAAAAUAAUUCAGAAAUAUGCAUUUGAAAACGUAAUAAAGUGAUCUUCUUUUUGAGGAGUGACAAUUUGAUCCUCGUGUCAUGGCUGAGAGGGAACGCUCCAACUCUCAACUGUUAUUUGCAUCAACGGUGCCUGUCCACAGAAGCAAUCAGUCAGAUCCCCAAACUCUCCAACAACACCAGGGAGCUGGCCAUUGUUGACACGGACAAGACUGAAGACCUUCACAAGGGCUGGAAAGGGUUGCAAGACAAGACCAUCACUGAGCAACUUGGUGAUACAAUGUCAACAGUUGGUUUGACUAUUCACAAAUAGAAGAAAAAUAAAAUAACUGUUGAUCUUACUCUGUCUUAGGCUCCAUACAAGAGUGGAGUUUCCAUGCUCAUGACAACAGUGAGGAAGCUGGAGCCAUAAUCACCAAGAAAAACUGGUACCAGACUACACUGUGAAGAACUGCAUUCCUCCAGCACCUGUAAAGUCCCCAUGCUCAGUGUAAAGAAAUCACAUGGACGGGCAGGUCUGACUUUUACUUUCGGACUCGGAGAUGAAUCGAAGAAGAACUGAGAGAAAAUUGAACUUAAGUUUCUAUAUUUGAGGAAUCAGUACUGCCCAUGGCCCGAAGAGCACCAACCCUGCCAUCAAAUAUGGAGAAGAAACAUGCUUUAGGAGUGUUUUUUUUUUUUUCUUUUCUCAAAGGGAACAAGUGAACUUUACAACAGCAAGGGGACUUACUUAAGUCAGAACGUCCUUCUCUUCAGCCAGGGCAUUGAUAUUAAUAUGGAUGGAUACGCCCCAAUGACGACGACCUGAAUCACAACCAUAGCAUCUAUGGAGUGAGUACAGGACAAGCACAUUAACGUCAUCUACAAACCCAGGAAAUGUGUUGAGGGAGCUGGAGGAGCAGGCUGUCAAACAUCAUAAAGCUUUCACGGUGUAAUGGAUCUGCAGAGGACAGUGGGAAAAAAUCCCCCCCUGAAGUGUGUGCAAACCUGGUGAGCAGGUCUGCAGACCUACUACUAAAAUUAAAGACUCAUCUUUUUUUGUCACUGGGUAAAUGUACAAAAUCAGCACAGAAUCAUUUCCCCUAACUGUAUGAAUAUACAACUCCAAGUUUUGCAUCUGGGGCAUAAAGGGAGGGAGAGAGGCGGAAUUUUGUGUGUGUGUGUGUUUUUUAGGAGAAGCAGUGAAACUGUGUUCAAAAAUACCUUCGGUAAAUGCAGCAAAGGGACUAACGAGGACAGAAACUCCAUUACAGACUGAUGUGUAGACAGAAUCCUUUGACUACAUCUACCAUCAUGCACCACGGUGAGUCAUACUGCAAAUUCAGCUGUUUGUCAUUGAUCACUGCUCCUGUCAGAAACUGCCAAACACAUCCAGACCAUGAUGCAUCUUGUAACAAGCACUCAUUCAGCUGAUGAUGACACUAACCAUGAUAGCAGUGACACUUUUUGCAAUAUACUCCCAUCUGCCUCGAUGUACUGUAUUUAGCAGCAUGCAGUGUGUGGAACAAAGAAAAAGAGAAAAUGCCAACAGAUACGUUUUUGGCAAACUUAGCCAUUUGUGGGUAAGUUAAUUAACUGUUCAUUUUGUUUUUAUGACAUUUUUUUUAAUCUAUACAAUAACUGUAAAUAAAGAACUCGAUGUCUUUGUUCAUUUAAUACUAUGCAAAAAGUCAUGCUUUUCUGAUUGUUACUCACCCUUAAUUCUAGAGUGUUUUGCUGGAAUGUUUGUGGUCUCAAAUGUUAGUACAGAAAUGUGAUGUAAAUUAUUUUUUAGCCUGAAGAAAAAGUAAAAUUAUGCUGAGAACUACUAUUAUGAUACAGUGUCAUUAGGAGGAUGAUAUAAUGGUGGUGACAACGAUGAUUAUGAACUGUAACUCUUGCUGCUUGACUGUCCUACUUACCAAACUCCUGACAGGAGCACAAGCGGAAAACAUAAAAAAGCAACAAAAGAAAAAUAAAAGAAAAAGGAACUUAAAUAAAUCUUCCGGAGCAGCAUGACCCAGCAUGGUGUGUCCUGGCCCCGUGUGACAUGUUCUUCUCUGAUUAUAAUUUUGUGCUUCUGUUUUUUUACUUUUAAGUGUCCACUUUGAAUGUCCUGCUGAUCUUUUUUAUUGGUAUACUUCAACAAUUAACAACAAUUUUUACUGUUUAACUGUAUCAAAAGCAAUAUAAAUAAUGAUCUCAUCAA